UAAAGCCCAAAUAAAUGCGUUGUUUGGUACAGCUUCACGAACAAUCUCUCUCUCGAUAGAUUCUUCUUACCUCUGAAUUUCUCGUUGUUGGAACAAUGGCGUCGAAUCUCCUGAAAGCCCUAAUCCGAUCUCAGAUUCUUCCAUCUUCCAGGAGGAAUUUCAGUGUGGCGACCACACAGCUUGGCAUUCCAACAGACGAUCUAGUCGGCAAUCACACCGCCAAAUGGAUGCAGGAUAGAAGCAAGAAAUCACCUAUGGAACUGAUUAGUGAGGUUCCACCUAUCAAAGUUGAUGGAAGGAUUGUUGCUUGUGAAGGAGACACCAAUCCGGCCCUAGGUCAUCCAAUCGAGUUCAUAUGCCUCGACCUAAAUGAGCCUGCGAUCUGCAAGUACUGCGGCCUUCGUUAUGUUCAAGAUCAUCACCAUUGAGGCAAAUUCUGAAAGUGAACUGCUGGUCUCUCUCCCCUUUUUAUUGCAUUUUUAAGUUUGUGUAUUGUUUUUUUCUGGUGUGCCUACUACAUCUUCAGCUAUAUUAUCUAAUAAAGGAUUCGAUCAAAGUCGGGUAAGUUUGAUUUUUGUUUGAUCUCACUUCAGCACUUGUCAUGUUGUAACAUUCAAUCUCUGAUAUCACUGUCUUUUACAUGCCAUUGAGCUCAAAAAACAGCAAUGGCCUUUUUCUGCUACCAAGAUCAUAUGAAAGUUAAAUUUUAAACAAAUACAAUUUAUUGAGUUUUUCCCUCUUGAAAAUUCGUUAAUAAGAUAAUCUUCUUCAGUUUUUUA